AUGUCUACGCUCCUCGUAGGGGCGGGGACGGGCGCGGCCACCGCUCUCUCGUUCGCGCCCGCGACCGUCCAGGACCUCGUCCGCGAGUACUGGACCGCCGCGCUCGCGCUCGUCGGACUCUGCCUGCUCGCCUACGUGACGAACCCAGGCCCGGCAUCGUUCCGCACGCACUUGACCUCGCUCUCGUUCCACACCCACCUCCGCCGCCUCUCGUCGUCGCCCUCUCGGCCUCCGUCGUCGUCUCGAUCAUCCUCGACUUCGGCCCCCGACGCUGCGAGCGCACCGACGACCGCGACAAACGGCAAGGAAUCGCUACUACCUACGACGCAGAAUGCGAAGCGGAAGGGAGCUGCCGCUGACGCCCGACCAGGCGCCAAGUCGACGCCUCCCUCCUCCUCCGCCGCCGCAAACCGACACAUCCUCUCGUUCUCGAACCGUAUCAGCCUAUCUAUCCGCACGCCAUCCUACAAGUUCACUUCAUACUAUCUCUUCAGCACCGUCUAUGUCCCCUCGUCCCGACCGGCAACGCCUGUCGCGGGAUUGACGAAACAGCAGCAGAUCCAGGCGCAGCGCAAGCAUCCUGAACUGAGCGCCUUGCUUGGACUCGGUGGCGAGUUGUGGCUCGGCAUCUUCGGCAGGUGGUAUGCGUUGAAGUGGUGGGACAACGAGGUGUUUGAGGAGGAGGAGCGUAGGGGCAGGCUCGAGAAGGGCGUCAGGGACAUGAUCGUCGAGGACGACGACAAGGAAACGGAGUCGCCUUCGUACUCGUAUCCUCCCUCGGCCACCGUCUCUGGCUCUUCGACUCCCGCCUCGCACCCGCUCUCGCACAACCCCUCAGCUAUCGACAACCGCACCUCGUCCCCUCUCGCCCACUCAGCCGACUCGUCCAUCCCUCCCUCCCCAACCUCCAAGACCUCCCCCGCCGCCGCCCGCCUGACCAAGCGCGUCUUCCGCGCCGGCCAGCGCCGCUCGAGCCCGACCAGUCUCACGCGACUCAAGACGAAAGCCGAGCAUGCCGCGCGCGAAGCAGCAGAAGCCGAGCGCGUCGCAGCGGACGAAGCGGCUUCGGCUCUCGCAGCUGCGAAAGAGGCGUUCGGUGGUUCUUCUGGUUCGGGCUCGGCUGGGUCUGCGGGGAUGGGCGGCGAGGCGAAGGGCACGACGGAUCCGGUGUUGGUCGAGUUGCAGGCGCAGCUGGACGAGUUGAGGGCUUCGGCGGCCGAGAGUGAGAAGCGGUUGCAGGACGAGUUGGAGGUGUUGAGGGGCAAGAAGCGCGACGAGGACGCCUUUCGCGCAGAGUUGAAGCUCAAGACGAAGGGGUUGGAGGAGGCGAAGCGUGCGGCGGAUGCGACGAGGGUCGAGGCGGAGAAGGAACUGAAUGAGCGAAAGGUCGUCAUCAAGGAGGCGCAGGCGCGGGUUGACAAGGUGCGCGCGGAGAUCAGGGCGCUCGAGCGCAAGGGGAUAGAGGCGAUCGAGCGCAAGGAGAAGAAGAAGCGCGAGCGCAAGGAGCGCGAGAAGAAGCUCCGCGAGGACGUGGGCAAGAAGCGCGACGAGCUCAAGGACAAGGAGAAGGGGCUCGAGGAGGUCAUGCACAAGAUUGCAGACAUGGAGCGUAAGCUUGAGGUCCGCAGGGCGCUCCUCGCCGGUCGUCGAGCCGAGUUGGCGCAGUUGGGCGUGGCGGGUAUGCGUGGAAUGGGUGGUUCGCAGGGUGCUGCGCCGAUUUACGGCGUCGCUGCGCCUCUCAACGGUCCGGCGACGGCGACUCUCGGCGGCGUCGGCGCGAUCGCGAACGCUUUCGCCGCUCCGCUCGGCCAGGGUGGCUACGGUCGCCGCAACUACCCCUACGUCCACCCGCUCUCCGCCAACAACUCUCGCCCGACCAGCAUCCGCUCUGGACACUACGACCCGCACACCGGGGCGUUCCAGUCAGCUCCCUCGUCUCCUACGCUCUCGCACCCUGUAUCACCUCUCGACGACCCUUCACCUUACGGCAACGCCAACUCGACUGCCGCAGACGCCGCAUCCGGCUGGCCUACGUCCUUCCCGGCCGCACCGAACGGCACCUCGCACGCCCUGCCGCACUCGAGCUUCCUCGAGCACCGCUUGCAGCACCGCGCCGCGAAUGGCGGCAUCGGCGACGACGACCUCCCCGCCCAAUUCCUUCCCUUCGACUUUGACGGUCUCGCACCCGGCGCGCAAGACCACUCGCCGCCGCCUCGCUCGGCUCGCUCAGGCUCGGCGGGCGACAACUCGCCCGGUGCGAACGUCAACAAGCCUGGACGCGCGCUCGCCCUCCCGAUGCAGUACCUCGACUCGGGAUUGCUCGCGAGCGGAACCGAGUCGCCUGCCCUCGACGGCCCGUUGAGCCCGAUGACGCCGCAUCAGACUAGCUUGAUCCCGAGCCAGCUCUUCCACAUGCUCGACGAGGACGACGACGAUGACGGCUUGUUCGUCAUGCCCGAUUCGCCGACUUUGCGUGCCGGAGUUGGCGUCACGUCGCCUGCGGACUGGCAGGGACUGGGACUCGAGGUCGACGAGAUGGGUGUGUCGAGGAGGUCAAGCCAGGAGAAGGUUGCGAAGGAAGAGGCGGCGAGCGAGCCGAACGGUGUCGAGGCGGGUGCAGCUGCAGUUUCCCCGAGCGUCCUGUCCCUCCGCGCAAACGCCUUCUCGCCAGCUCUCGCCGCGCCGUCGUCCGCGACCACCUCGCCUCUCAGCCCGCCGCCGCAUUCGCCCUUUGCACCGUGGGCGACCUCGUCGGACGUGUCUGUCGGCGCUGGAGUCGUCGGCGACGGCGCUGCGCACGACCUUCCCCCGCGCAGCCUCGCUCCCGGCGUCAUGCUCGCUCACCGCCUGUCGCCCUCUCAAGACCUCGGCGACGACCUCCCUCGCGCCGGCUUGUCCCUCAACCCGGGUGCCAAAGCGUUCGCGUUCCCGCUUGUCAACGCCGCGCACACUCGCACGUCGUCGGUUCCUUCGCCGCCAAGUCUCGCCGCCGCCGUCCGCGCCACCCGCUCGGGGACCGUCUCGUCCUUCCCCGGCUCGUCGCUGCCCUCGCCCGUCGGUGCCGGCGCAUCGCCCUCGAUCACGCCGUCGUCCCUCGCCGUUGAGCCGCCCGUUAAGUCUCGCAUGGACUUUGCGCACUCGUCCGCCGGUCCCGUCGGCUCGGCCCUCUUGUCGGCGCGCCUCUCGCCCGGCUUCGACUGGCCACAAACCACGAGCUCGCCUGUCUUUGCGGCGCCGAAUCUCGCGACGUCGACCGCUCCCGAGGCUGCGACCAAGACUGCGCCGUCGUCCGCCUUCAAUCCGUUCGACGACGACGAGCUGCUGGGCCCAUUGCGGUGA